AUGCAGGAUGAUGCAUUACCGCUCAGCAUCAACGUAUCAAUAAUCCCGCACUCGUCUCGAGAGGAAGCUAGCAAAGUUCUUCUGACGACUUUCGAUAGGGAGGUGGACUCAUUCGAUGAUCUGCCAAAGAUCAAUUCAGAUGCUGGAACAGCCAUGGGACUCCGGGAACUAGGACCCAAUAAUGGUGCUCCUACAUUUGCCAGAGACGUUCUUCGGAUCUGUGUGUCGGGACCAACAGGUCUGCAUCUGAGUGUGGUUGAUCUGCCUGGGAUCAUCCAGGUACCAAGCGAAGGGCAGACCGAUGACGAUGUCGAAGCCGUUCACUCUCUUGUUGAUUCAUAUAUGAUGAGCAAGCGAUCCAUCAUACUGGCUGUUGUACAGGCUGGAAAUGACAUCUCCAACCAACCGGUGAUUCGUAAGUGUAGACAGUUUGACCCAUCUGGCGAGCGCACGAUUGGGGUCAUAACGAAGCCGGAUCUCAUAAAUAAAACAGCUGAGGGCCGGAUCGCACAGCUUGCGAGGAAUGAAGAUACCACGAAGCUCAAGCUUGGUUUCUUCCUCAUCAAAAAUCCGUCACCUGAGGAGACAGAGAGGGGUUUGACGACAUACGAUCGAGAAGCCAUCGAGCGAGAUUUCUUCACGUCCGCACCUUGGAAAAAUCAGAAGCUCAACCCAGACCGUCUUGGAGUUCAAAAUCUCAGAGCAUUUUUGCAGGAACUUCUUGAACGGCAUAUCAGGAAGGAGAUUCCGAAGGUGCGGCAAGAGCUGAAGCGACUGGAGCGACAGACUGCCGAGCAGCUGCUUAUGCUUGGAGGGCCUCGGAAGACAACGGCAGACUUGCGAAUCCAUCUAUCACGUUUGGCCAUGAAAUUUGACAAUAUUUGCUCUUCAGCUCUACAAGGAAACUAUGAUGAUUCGAGGUUUUUCGGCAGUGCCGGCGGAGAAAUUCCGCCGACUCGACUAAGAGCUAUCGUCCAUUCAGAGAACGUCGGAUAUGCUAAUCUCAUGAGGACGAAAGGAGAGAAGCGAAGAGUUGGUGCACGGGAGGAAUCAGAUAAUGACGUAGAAUCUGGUAGUGAAGCGGAUGAUGGCGGUGGCCAAAUACUUGUCACAGAGAGUGCCAUGAAGGAGUGGGUGAAGAAGCGUUUGGAAGCGUUUCUGGACGCUCUCGUGUCACAUUUGACCGACGAGGAGCAUACACGACAGAGACUCCGGGAAGGCAUUCUGGCCGCUCUCGAAGCUAUGAAAAAGAACGCCGACGAAGAACUGAAUAGAUUAUGGAUUGACGAAGCACAACAACCCGUAACGUAUAACCAUUACUACACUGAUAACAUUCAGAAAGCGAGAAAUGAUUCUGCUCGAAAAGCUCUGAAAAAGGCCAUGGACGAAACCACUCACCAAGAUUAUGGUGGGCGGAUUCACAUAAGCAACAACAACGUGGAUAUACAAAAUCUGCUAGGCUUGUUGCAAGACCGCAUUGUGGUCAACAUGGACGAACAAGCUUGUUCUGAGGGAAGGGGCGCUUUGAACGCUUAUUAUAAGGUUGGCUUCAGUGCGUCAGAUGUCAAGCAGUUCUGA